AAGCGAACAGCUCGAGAAAGAAAAAGAAAACGUAGAAAAGUUUUUCGCAGCCGCGGCGGCCAGCCAACCAACCAACCCAACCAGCCAACGCGGAUCGCCUCUCGAGCACCAAACCCUACCCGGAUCGCCAGCGCAGCCACUCACCAAGCCUUCCCCCCCACCCUGCUUCUGCUGCUCGCGCCGGGAUUCUUGGCUCGUCUGCUCUUCGCGGUCGGUGUCGCGCCAUCAGCAACCAUGGAGGGCGAGAGGAGGGCGGUGAGGACGGUGCGGGUGCGGAACAUCUCAGAUCUGGCAGGGGAGCGGGAGGUGCGGGAGUUCUUCUCCUUCUCCGGCGAAAUCGAGCACGUCGACAUCAGAUGCGAUGGGGUGGCGACGGGGAGGACGGCCUACGUCACGUUCAAGGAUCCCAAGGCCCUAGAGAUCGCGCUGCUGCUGUCGGGAGCAACAAUUGUGGAUCGGGUUGUCAACAUAACCCCUGCUGAAGACUACAUCUACAUCCCUGUUACUGACCAGCAACUUGUGGUCAGUGAGGUGGUCGGUGAGGUGACAAGUACGGCUCCUAAUGCAGAUUUGGACCAACCUACCGAGGCCAAUGCCAGCCCCACUACUGGCCGUGUUUAUGUCAGCAAGGCUCAUGAUGUCAUGACAACUGUGAUUGCAAGGGGUUCAGCAAUGCGACAAGAUGCUGUGAACAAAGCUAAAGCAUUCGAUGAGAAACAUCAAUUGAGGGCAAAUGCAUCGGCCAAGAUCAAUUCCUUUGAUAAGCGUGUUGGAAUUUCAGAGAAGAUAAACAGCGGGAUAACAGUUGUAAAUGAGAAAGUGAAAUCUGUAGACCAAAGGCUACAUGUUUCUGACAAAACAAUGGCUGCUUUGCUGGCUGCAGAGCGCAAGCUAAAUGACACUGGCUCUGCUGUGAAAACCAACAGGUAUGUGUCUGCUGGAACAAGCUGGCUAAAUGGUGCCUUCAGCAAGGUUGCUAAGGCUGGUCAUGUUGCUGGCUCAAGAACAAGAGAGAAGUUCCAAAUAGCUGUGUCCAAUCUAACAGCGAAAGGUCCUGCUGUUGUUGCUUGAGCUGCUGUGGUCCUGGUUUUGGAAGCUCUUCUUCCUGGGAGAAAAGUCGAUCAUAAAGCAUCGUGCAAUCACCUUCACUCAGAGUGUAUCGACAGUGUGGCUUGUAACUGUGUAUUUCACUGUUCCCAUUUUUUCUUCGGGGAGGUUUUUCCAGUGAGCCAUGUCAGAUUUGGUACAUAGAGGAUCUCAUGUUUUUGGAACUUUAGAGUCGCCAUUCUUUUCUUUGUAGUGUCGAUGUUAAAUUGAUUAUAGGUGAUAGUGAUAUUCUGGGCCAUAUGUUGUUGACUCGGUAUGGAUUAUUGGUUAUUGAAUGUCUAUGCUUGUGCCAUGUUUGUUCUUAGCAAUUUAACUGUCGGUAAUUGGAAUGCUCAUCCAUUGGUAGUGAGUGUUGUUCGUUGGUA